AUGACUUCCUCGGAGUCGACGGGCACAUUUCACUCCAUCUUCGAGACCUUCCGCAACGAGCUGGACGAGCACCAUGACCGCCGCGAGCGAAUCAUCAAGGCAAGCCGGGACAUCACCGCGCUCAGCAAGAAGAAUAUCUUCGCCCUCCAAAGAGUCCGUGCCAUCAACCAACCCAUCCCACCCAAAAUUGCACAAGAAAAUCAAACCCGCCUCGAUACCAUCGACAAGCUCUUCAACUCGAUAGUCUCCGAUGUCGCCGGCAUCAAUUCCUGGCGCUACCAGCGUCAAAUCGGUGGCGCGAUUCAAGAAUUCAUUGAAGCGAUCUCGUUCGACCACUACCUCCGCACACAGACCCUGAUCACACACGCCGAAGUGACAACACGGGUACCGGCCGGAAUUAUGGUCACCGAAGAGGACUACGUGAUGGGACUCUUCGAUUUGACGGGUGAAAUGAUGCGCUUUGCCGUCUUGCAGCUAAGCUCGGGGAACGCACCUGCCACGCAGGAUACACAGGACUCAGCAGAGCCGCAACCGCCGAGUCUCUCGCCUACUCAGGCCGGCAUUGUAGUGGAUCUUCGAGCCAUGCGGGCGCGAUUCGAGGCGCUCAGUGUUCCAAGGAAAUACCACAUGCUGCGCGAUCUCCAGAAGAAGGUGGAAGUCAUGCAGAACAGCGUGGAGAAGGUGGAGCGGGCGGCGUAUGGGAUUCUGGUGCGUGGCAGCGAGCGGCCGAGUGGGUGGACGCCGGAUCUAUCUGCGCCAGUGGAGGUUGAGACUCAUUAA